UUGCGCGCAGAGCGCGGAAGUUUAGAGAGGGAAGAAAAACUUUCACACACAAACUUUCAUGAUGCGGUUGAUAGUGGUGAAGACAAGUUGUUUGAGAAAACACUGAACUGCACUGCGUUUACUUGAAAGACUGUGAGAUCUCAUCAUGGGACUGCCGACUGUAGAGUUCAGUGACUCUUUUCUGGACAGUCCGGACUUCAGAGAAAGACUCAAAUGCCAUGAAAUCGAGCUGGACCGAACCAACAAGUUUAUCAAAGAGUUGAUAAAAGACGGAAACCAGCUGAUAAACGCGCUCAAGAACCUCUCUUCAGCUGUGCAGAAGUUCUCUCAGUCUUUACAAGAGUUCCAGUUUGAAUGUAUUGGUGAUGUGGAAACAGAUGAUGAAUUAAACAUCGCUCAGUCCUUUAAAGAGUUUUCCCAGCUGCUUACCACCAUGGAAGAAGAGAGAAGACGGCUGAUACAGAAUGCAGAUGAUGUUUUGAUCACUCCCUUGGAACGAUUCCGGAAAGAGCAGAUUGGAGCAGCCAAAGAGGGAAAGAAGAAAUUUGACAAGGAGACAGAGAAGUAUUAUUCAACACUGGAAAAACAUCUCAACCUGUCAUCCAGAAAAAAAGAAACAGCUCUCCAAGAGGCUGAUGCGCAGAUUGAUAAGGACAGACAACUAUUUUUUGAUGCCUCGCUAGAAUACGUCUUCAAAAUUCAGGAAGUCCAAGAGAAGAAGAAAUUUGAAUUUGUUGAGCCGCUUUUGGCCUUUCUGCAGGGCCUGUUCACAUUCUACCACGAGGGAUAUGAACUGGCCCACGAAUUUGAGCCCUACAAACAACAGCUACAGUUCAACCUGCAAAAUACAAGGAACAACUUUUUGAGCACAAAGCAGGAAGUCGAAAAGCUGAUGAACAGAGUUCGGUCUGCCGAUCAGGACCAGCAUCCCCCGGGCCAGUGGACCAUGGAGGGCUACCUCUAUGUCCAGGAGAAACGACCUUUGGGUUGCACGUGGACACGCCAUUACUGUACAUACGACAAGAGCCUUAAAACCUUCAGCAUGUGCAACACGGAGGCGAAGGCCACCAAUAAACAGAAUGGAGUCACAGCGAGUUCUUCGGAGACGUUCAAACUGAAGUCCUGCAUUAGGAGGAAGACAGACUCCAUUGAUAAACGCUUCUGUUUUGAUAUUGAGGUGGUCGAAAGAAAUGCCACCUAUCGUGGAACUCUUUUCAGACCACUGCAAUUUUUCUGUAAAGUCCGACAUGGCAUCAUUACGCUGCAGGCGCUGUCUGAAUCCAACAGGAGGCUCUGGCUAGAAGCUAUGGAUGGCAAAGAGCCGAUCUACAAUCUUCCUGCUAUUCUGAGCAAAAAAGAAGAGACAUAUUUAAAUGAAGCUGGCUUUAAUUUUGUGAGGAAGUGUAUACAGCUGGUAGAGAUGAGAGCAGGGCUCAGCACUAUGGGUUUGUACAGAGUUGGUGGAAUAAACUCAAAAGUGCAGAAGCUCAUGACCACUGUCUUCUCACCCAAAGCAGCUCCAGAUAUGGAUCUUGAUCCAGAAACCUGGGACAACAAGACCAUCACCAGCGGCCUAAAAAACUACCUCAGAUGUCUGUCUGAGCCUCUUAUGACAUACAAGCUCCACUCAGACUUUAUAAUGGCUGUCAAAUCUGAUGAUCAGAACUACAGAGUGUGUGUGGUUCACGCGCUGGUGCAUAAACUACCUGACAAAAACAAAGAGAUGCUGGAGACGUUGAUCAAACACUUGCUCAAUGUGUCCACUCACAGUGACAGUAAUAUGAUGACUGUGUCUAAUCUGGGUGUGAUCUUCGGCCCCACACUGAUGCGCUCGCAGGAGGAAACUGUUGCUGCUAUGAUGAACAUCAAAUUCCAAAACAUUGUGGUCGAAAUUCUAAUAGAAAAUUUUGAAAAGAUAUUUCACCAGGCUCCCGAUCAAAACAUCCCGCUGCCCCAGCCUCAGUCUCAGGCCGGGUCACGCAGGACCAAGGCCAUCUGCCUCACGACUGGACAGCGCAAACCCAAGAGCCUCUACACGCCCUCACUGUGCCUGGCAGAUGCGGACAAAGACAAGACCCCAUGUAUAUGGAUUAUUUCUACACCUCUCGAGAGGUCUUCCUCCAGUUCCAGCUCAGCCAAGACAGCCGUCCUCUGGAGAGGUGACACAUUCAGCAGUAGUUCAGGCAGCACACCGAUGGGAAGCAUGGACUCUCUCUCCUCACACUCUUCAGAACAGAACAGCUCCUCCAAGACCCACGCUGCACCGAUGCCCAAAGACAAACCUCCCUUCCCCGGUCUGCGGCAGAGCCCUUCCUCUCUCUCAUCCAGUGAGCUGCAGGGUCCCACCUGCACCAGCAGUCCAGAGCCCAGCUGCAGAGAGGACACGGGGCGAGCGGACGGAGACUCUGAAGAUUCCCGAAGUGUUAGCUCAGUCCCAGCAGCCGCCAGAUCUUCACCGGCACCCAAGAAAGCUCCUCACUCAGAAAUAAGACUGAGAUCAGCAAUGCUAAACCGCUCAAGUGCUCCCUCUCUGAGGUCCUUAUACACCACUGAAGGUCGUAGGAGCUGUGUGGGGUCUGUACCGAGUCUAGCAUGCAUGGAGCAUAAAGAUGUCACCAGAGGCAUUAACUGCCACGAUCUGCCUCCUAAAAUGGUCCUGCGUCAAAAACAGGACAACAACAACUCCAGCAAUGGCUAUCAAAGACCAGGAUCUGUGGUGGCUGCCAGAGCAUUGCUUUUCGAGAACCCAUCAGCUUUAAAAACCCCUCCUAUGGGAAGAGAUGCCAAAGCGAUAUAUUCCUGUGAAGCAGAGCACAGCAAUGAGCUGAGUUUCCCCAAGGGGGCGCACUUCUCUAAUGUGUAUUCCUCAGUGGAACCGGGCUGGCUCCAAGCGACGUUUGAGGGAAAAACAGGACUCGUUCCAGAAAACUACGUGGUCUUCUUUUGAAAGCUGGCGCCCAUCUGGGUGAGACCAAGAAGGUCAUGGUAUCCAUGGCAACAUCAAUUUCAGAACAACUGCUUUUGGAAUAUUUCAAACAUUGGGGGAUCAAUCAACACUGUAAAAAAUCCAGUAAAAAAAAUUAUUCUUGCAGCUGGGGCGCUUUGAAAAAAAUACGUAUAAUAAUUUUGUUCCCUGUGAAAUGACAUGUUUUCCCAUUUUUUCUUGUAAAUGUGUGGUAUUUUUCUGUAAUUUUACAUUAUAUGUGGAAAAUCUGUAAAAAAAAAAAAAACAACAACAACAGAAAAAUUCCGUAAAAUUACUUUUUGUUUUACAGUGUAGAUCGUACGCCAUCACACAAUAGCAUUGGAAAUAAGGAGAACUGUAUGAUGCAGCACAUGAAUGUCUAAAUCACUGCUGUAAUUCUCCAUAAAUAUGUUUCAAACUUCACUGGAAGAUGAAGCUGCUGGUUGGAGUCAAACCCAAGACUUUGAGUUUAAUGAUACACAGAUGUACAUACACUGAGAUAAAGCCUGCUGUCUGCUGUUGGAAUACUGUAGUCAUGAAAUGUAUCAGGUUGAAGAAACAGCUUUCUUAUCGUUUAGUGCUCACAGAUGUCAAAUGAAAGAGCCACUUUAACAUGAAACAUCAGUUCAGAGCAACUGUUAUGUGUGCACCUCUUAGACAUAGCAAUUAAGAAAUGAAUCUAUAUUUUCAUACCUAAUUCUUAAUUGUAUUGCACUUUCAAUACAACGUCAAUUGCAAAAAAUAAAUUCGAAAAUUUGGUGAGAAUUUAUAUAAGCAUUCAAACUCCAUCAGUUCACUGAAAUACUCAUCAUUCACAAGUGAAAUCAGUCUUUGUUUUCAUACAUACAGAGGUGAACAGUACUAAGACAAGUACUUUUUCAAGUAUCUGUACUUUAUCUUUGAAAAUGUUUACUUUUUUACAUUAUGAGCCUCUUCGGAUGAUGUAAACAAAGUAAAUUCCUGUUUCAGUUUCUUUAAACAAAAUUCAACCAACAGAACAUUUAUAACCGAAUCAAUAUGUUAAAGGUCCAGUGUGUAAUUUUGUGGAGGAUAUACCGACAGACGUGUCUACAGACAUUACAUAAUGAAGCAUUAUGUUUUUAUGACCUUAGAAUGAGCUAUUUCUAUCUACAUACACAGCAGGUCCACUUACAUGGAAUUCAUCAUGUUGUUUCUACAGUAGCCCUAAAUGGACAAACUGCUCCACAGAGCGCAUUUCGUAAAUACGUUAUCUCCUUCGGCAAAGAAGCGAGAUGUGAUGACAUCUUAGUCCUGUGUCAGCAACCGUAGUUUAACUUUUAAAAAUCGAGUAUUUUCUUACACUUACUUAAGUAACAGUUUUGAAUAAAAAUACUUGAGCAAGUCUUACAAAUGUAUUUGAGUUUAGUAAAAAAUACUACUGUCCACCUCUGGAUACAUACAGUUUAGUAAAGUAAAAAAAAGUUUUUUGAACGUAGGCUAUACUUUAUUUAUAAAUAUGCUUUAGGAGAGAGGUUGUGCUUGGCAGUUGUAAUAACUAAGAAAGAGGUGCACAGUCUAAAAGUUUGGGAUUCGCUGGUUUCGAGCAUUUUGUAACAAUAGUCUUAGUAUGUGCAGUACAUUCAGGUCAGGGCAGAAUGUCAAAUAAAACAAGAUUUUUUUUCUAAUGCUAAAGAAACAAGUGUGUUGUUAUGAAUGAAUUAUACAUUAUACCAUGGUCUGUCUGAAUACUCGAUUCUGAUUGGACGGAAGGUGUGCAUUAAAACCUUUCAAUGCACGGCUAGUUGUGGAUUAUCCCUGAAUUUUUUUCAAUCCUUAUCAUUCAGUUUUGGUUCAGUUCACUCACCAGUAUGGUACGUUUUUACUGUUUGUUCGAGGUCCCAUAAAUAUGUGGAAUAAUCCACGUUUCCUCCUUUUCCAAAUGGAAGAAUACAUGUGUACACACAAAGUGCACUUAUGUCAUCUGCACAGAUGAAAUUGUAUCUUGAAGCCAAAAUAUAUCUGAUAGAAUCUUAUGCAUAAAUAAAGUGUAAAUCAUGUCAUUUUAAAUGUUUUUUUUUUCUUUGAAUGUUAAUAAAUUUGUUAACAAAA